UCCACCAAUCACACGACGCCACCUCCAAUCCACUCGAUAGACGAAACGCCGAGUUAACGUUUAUUAAUCCUCCACAACAUGUUCCCCGCCGCAGGAGAGUAUUUCCCCUUCUUUAAAUAGUAAAAAAAAAAAUUUGAAAAUUGAAGAUUUUAUUUUAUCUUAGCGUCUAUAGGCAGCAUUUCGGGAUCCUUUGUGUGAAUUCUCCAACAGGAACGAAGAGGCAGCGAGCUGAGAGCAGAUAAGCAUGAGAGCUCUGCUCAGCCCAGAACCACCUUCCAUCUCAUAUCUCACUCCUACUCGCACCACCAAACCUCGUAGUAUCUUUCACUGGAAGAUCCAAACCUCCCUUCGAUUCUCUGCAAGAAAUGGCAACUGUUCGAUUCGACCGAGAAGUAUGUGUUUGAAUGUGAAGUCUGCAUUGGACUCAGCGACGAUCGAUCAGCUAGGGCUUCCGGAAUCCGAAAUCCGAAAUCCGUCUGUGUCGCCGUCGUAUCGCAGUUGGAAGUUGCCGAAACCGAAUCAGACGGUGUUGGAUGCUCAAGCUAGGGUUUGUACUGGACCCACUCAGACCAAGCCACUCGGAGAGGAGCAGGCCCUGAAGGUGUUGGAUACUAUUUUGAGAUCAGCUAAAGGAGAACUCAAAGAUCAAGAGGAAGUUUCAAAAGCUCAGCUUGGGGCCUUUUUUGCUGGAAUGACAAUCCGUGCAAAUGCCUUUCCUGAAGCAACCCAAUGGAGUGAUGGGGAGAGGUGUGCCAUGAACAAAUUCUGGCCCCUCCUAGUUCGGGUGCUUCCACCUGAUGUACUCUUUAUAGCUGAUCCUGAAGGCUCUAUUAUGGGAAUAGGUGGUUCAGCUGGACCCCAUUAUGUUGGCAAUGGACCUUCUGAAAUGAGAUUGGUUGGUGCUCUUAGGGAAGUUUUGGCAGGAGGUCAUCUGGGAUAUGAGGAGGUCCAAGGCGUUUUAAGAGAUGUUCUUCCAUUGAAACUAGAAGAUAAGAAAUCAGCAGGUGUCAGUGAGUCGUUACUUUCAGCAUUUUUAAUAGGUCAACGUAUGAAUAGAGAAACAGAUCGUGAGCUUAAAGCAUACUGUCUUGCAUUUGAUGAUGAACUUGGUUCUCAGCCGGUUGCUGAUGUUAGAUCAUUGACACAUUAUGGUGAGCCUUAUGAUGGAAACACACGUUACUUCAGGAGUACACUGUUUGUUGCUGCAGUUAGAUCCUGUUAUAGUGAAUCUUGCUUGCUUCAUGGUGUGGAAUGGAUGCCACCUAAGGGGGGUAUAACUGAAGAGCAAAUGCUGAAGUUCAUGGGAGCAAACACACAGUUAUCCCCAUUGCAGGCAAAAAAACUUCUUGAGGAUGAUGAGGUCGGUUUUGCGUACUUAAGUCAACGUGAAGCUCAACCAUCUCUACAUUCAAUAAUUGGAUUAAGGGAGCACAUAAAGAAACGUCCACCUUUGGCCACAUCUGAAAAGGUCCAGCAACUUGUUAGGGCUCAGGGAAGGGAAGCAAUAAUUGCUGGAUUUUUUCAUGAAGGAUAUGAAGAACCACUAUUAAUGCUCAUGAGAAGAAGAGGUGUUCAUUCUGGUUUGGUGGUGAAGGGUGAGGAAGGGGCUCUUUCAAUGACAACAAAAUUGAGAUCAGUAAAUGCAUCAAAAGGACUUCCAGUGAACUACUGUUCGGGGUUCCGCUCUCUGAGUGCCACAUCUGCUCUUGAACUUGAUGGGGUGUCUCGCGAGAAUUUCAACAUUGUGAUUAAUGCCAAGGACUAUGGUUUUGAACCCACUGAUACUCCAAGAACAGAUAGAUCGGUGUCAAGGAAUAUAGAGUUGGGUUUAGCAGCUCUUCAUGGUGAAAAAGGACCAGCAUAUGAUCGAAUUGUCUUAAAUGCUGGAAUAGCAGAUCACCUGCUGGGGUGUGAUGGUGCAGAGGAUAUAUUCUCAGCCUUGGAUAGAGCCAGAGAAGCCAUUGACAGUGGUAAGGCCUUAAACAGGCUCUUAAAUUACAUUAAGAUCUCUCAUAAAAUGAAAUAAAUUAGACACCCAAAUGGUACGUGCUUCCUUUCUCUAAUAGAGUGAGUGACUAAAAUUACUUGAUUAUUGUUGGGAAACUUUUAGAAAGAAUAACAAAAAUUCAAAAGGUGAUAAAAAGAGGGAGUGCAGUUUUUGUCCAUGUAAAUUGUAUAUUGCAACUAGCCUCAUUGUUUUAUUUUUGUUUUUAUUUUUUAUUUUUUUUUCUUUUUAGUUUCCAUAGAUGUAAUGUAAACAUCUCUCAAGAUUGUAAAAUCUGGACAUCCAUAAUUACUUUCUUGUUCUAUUACUACUUAUCUGUUAGCA